CUGUAUGGAGCAGUGGCACGCAACGCACGACGGUCACACAGAAUUUACAAUAAAAGUGUUUUCGUUUUGCCUGAGGUGAUUAGUCGCGAUCCCGCAAUCGACUAUAACGUAUCACAUACACUAGCGUUUGAAAGCGUUCCGUUCCUCAUUGACAGGAAAAAUAAAAAAAAAAAGGAAUAUUUAUAGAUAAUCAAAUAUUCAAACGAAUCCAUUGAUUUGAAGAAUUAACAAAAAAGUAAUCGCGAUUUGUUACGAUUGUUGUUUGUUUUUACUAUCGAGUUAAUUUAGUUUAGUUGAAUAUCGAUAUCGAAAGCGAGGAAACGACCAAUUUACGGAAAAAUUAUCGAGAAAAUAUCGUGUGUGUUGAAUUCUAUAAGCAGAGAAGCAAAACAAAGGAAUACACGCUCAUCAAUCACAUAUAUCUGCGAUAACCAAAAGGAAUAAUUCAGUUCGUUUUUUUAAACCAUUAUGAGAUAGAGAGAGAGAGAAAAAGAGAAAAAGUAAAUAGUUAAAUAAAUCUUGUGGCGAGAAAAUCGAAUUGAGAAAUUCAGUAUAUUUAUAUAUAAAUCAACGAAAUUUGAAUUUGCGUAAAAGAAAAUAAUUGUGAUUAGCAAAGUCAAGCGAAAAGUGUAUGUGAAAUCUAUUUAAAGUUGACUAAGACAAGAGAAUUACUGAAACGUGCAACAAUUGUGGUUUUGUUGGACCAAUUGACGUUUUAUAGAAUUUCUUUUAUGUUCUUUUUUUUUACUUUCAUCGAAUUCAACUGUAAUUGACGAAUCUUAAUUAGUAUUUUAUAACUUAUUCACUAGACGAAUGAUAAAAUGAUUCAAAUUAAUGCAUUAGUUCUACUGAGAAUCGCCGUUAUCGCGAUAAUUGCAAUUCUACCAACGACUGGCGCACCUGUACAGACGACAACACAAGCUGAGAUUUAUUUAUCACAAUUCGGAUACUUGCCACCCACAGCCAGAAACCCAGCCAGUGGAGGUCUUCUCGAUGAGAAUACAUGGAACAAGGCAAUCAUGGAUUUCCAAAGUUUUGCCGGUGUGAAUAUCACAGGCAAUCUUGAUCCGGAAACAAUGGAAUUAAUGUCACUGCCGCGAUGUGGUGUUAAGGAUAAAGUUGGCUUUGGCACUGACUCACGAUCAAAACGGUAUGCAUUGCAAGGAAGCCGAUGGAAGGUGAAGAACUUAACCUAUCGGAUUUCAAAGUAUCCGAAAAAGUUGAAUCGAGCAGAGGUUGACAAGGAAAUCGCACGAGCAUUCAAUGUUUGGAGCGAAUACACCGAUUUGACUUUCACAGCGAAACGCACAAAUCCCGUACACAUAGAAAUCCGUUUCGAAGAAAAUGAACACGGUGAUGGUGAUCCAUUUGAUGGACCAGGCGGUACUUUGGCUCAUGCAUACUUCCCAGUCUAUGGUGGCGAUGCCCAUUUUGAUGAUGCAGAAUACUGGACAAUUGGUAGCAGUCGAGGCACAAAUUUGUUCCAAGUAGCUGCCCAUGAGUUUGGCCAUUCGUUAGGUUUGAGCCAUUCAGACGUACGUUCAGCAUUGAUGGCACCAUUCUACCGUGGAUUUGAUCCAGUAUUCCGUUUAGACUCCGAUGAUAUUCAGGGUAUCCAAGCUUUGUAUGGUCGUAAAACCGCCUCUGGAAGUUCCGGAAGUGAUAGUGAUAGUGGAUUUAAUCCUCGCCCAGCUAACCCACGACCAUCACGACCAAAUGAUGACAAUGAAUUAUGUUCAGACCCUAAGAUUGAUGCAAUGUUCAACACAGCCGAUGGCAACACAUACGCAUUCAAAGAUAACAAUUACUAUCGGCUCACCGAAAAUGCCGUUGCCGAGGGAUAUCCAAAACGCAUUUCGGAUGGAUGGCCAGGCCUUCCCGGACACAUUGAUGCUGCAUUCACAUACAAAAAUGGAAAAACCUACUUCUUCAAAGGCUCACAAUAUUGGAGAUACUCGGGAAGACAAAUGGAUGGUGAUUAUCCAAAAGAAAUUAGUGAUGGUUUUACAGGCAUUCCAGACAAUUUAGAUGCAGCUCUUGUAUGGGGCGGCAAUGGAAAAAUCUACUUCUACAAAGGCAGCAAAUUCUGGCGAUUCGACCCAUUGAAACGGCCACCUGUAAAAUCAACUUAUCCAAAACCGUUAUCGAAUUGGGAAGGCGUACCGAACAACAUUGAUGCUGCGCUCCAGUACACGAAUGGCUAUACAUACUUCUUCAAAGGAGACAAAUACUAUCGUUUCAACGAUCGAACCUUCUCAGUUGAUGCAGCAAACCCUCCAUUCCCCCGGCCCGUGGCGCACUGGUGGUACGGAUGCCAAAAUAUUCCAGCGACGUUCAGUUCACUAGGUAAUCAUUUAACCGCGCAGCCAAGCAAUAGUGAUUCGGGAGAUGUUGAUGAUUUGGUAUUUGAUGCAGCUGGUACCGAUGAACGACCUGCCCACGAUGAUUACAGCGGAUCUGGAAAUCAACAUCACAUUCUAGCCAGUGCUUUACUCACAUCAAUGCUAUUGUCAAUUUUGGGUAGAUUCAUCUAUUGCUAAAUAAUUAAAAAAAAAAAAAAAACCAAACUGACCACAAUUCUACCCCGUCAAGCAAUAUAUGUUUGCAGACAAGACAAAAUAUUGAGAAGCAUAAAAUUGACUUACAUAUUAAGGAAAUGCCAAAAACAAAUACCAUACACAUACCAGUGUAAAAGUGAGAGAGACAAGAAAUCAUGGAUUUAACAUUUAAUUCCGCCAUUUUUUUUAAAAAACUAAAUCGAAUUGUCCAAAAUCAUAAAUUUAGAUGUUAAAAACGAAUAGAUAGGAUUUUAGAAUGGAAACAACCAAUUAAACUGAAAAUAUUAUGAUCAUAAGGAUUUUAUGUAAUUGAUAAACUUCAGUGCUUUAGAAAUAGGUAGGCAUGUUUUUCUCUUGUGUUUCGAAUUUAAAAAUGAUUUCUUCAAUUGAAUUUAAAAAAAAAAAAAAAAACACCUUUAGGCUCUGUUAAAACAAAGUAUUCAUUUGACAAAAUAACGUGUAGAAUCCAAACUGUGCGAGCAACAGUUUGAACGUACAAAGGAAACAGUCAAAGGCUCAAGGACACAAUUUUCCCGAUGAAUCACUUACAGUCUAUUAUUUAAAAUUUCUUCCGUACGACAAAUGCACAGUAAAAUACACACAUUGACAUCAAUUUUUCGAAUGUCAAAAUCAUUGCAACUACUAUUUUAGAAAUAUAAACCAGAAUGCGCAUUCCAUAUAAAAUAUUAGCUUUGAACAAUCGACUGCAUGUUAAUAAGAUUUUAAAAGCCUAUUUAUUGCGCAAACAUGUUCGAUUUGUAUAUCAUGCGCGCAAUUGAUUGUCACAUCGAUCGCAAUUAACUAUUUCUUUUUUUUAACAUCUGUUCAUAAAUUUUUUUCAAGAAUCAAAUACUCAAUUUUUUUUCUAUUCGGUGUCUUUUUUUUUUCAUACUAAUGAAGUGGCAACUAAGAGAGAAAAUUCCAUAAUUUUGUAUGUGUAUUGAUGUAGUAUAAGAAAGUGUGCAUCCAAAUAAAUAAUUCUCUGAUUUUAAUUUUUGCACAAGUACACAAAAAUUUCAUUAGAUCAGGAAAUACAAUGAAUCCAUAACGCGCAAUCACCCUGGUGUUCUGCAUUCGAUUUAAUUACAUCCAAAACUCCUACUUCCUGCCAGACAAAAAAAAAAUGGUUCUGAUUCACGUUUUAGUGACGUCCAAUUAAAA